AGAGAGAGGCAAGCGAAGCGAGGGUUCUUCUUCUUCUUCUUCUUCUUGCUUGAUCGGGCUCCUCGGCGGCGGGCGGGCGGCCGGCGGCGGCGGCGGCCGAGAUUAGGCGAUGGGGAAGCACAAGGGCCGAGCUGCCAGCAGCGGCUUGGCGGCGUCGCUGCUGCCGCAUGCGCAGGGUGCCGUCCCCAUCGUUGGUUUCGGGGGUUACCAUGGCGCCUCCCGUGUUGAGCCCGCCGCGCCUUCGUCCUCGACCGACCCCGAUGCCUCGAUUCUCCUCCCUCCCGAUGUGGACAGUGAGGUGCUGCAGCACCUAAGGAGAUUAGGAAGGAAGGAUCCAACAACAAAGCUCAAGGCAUUAUCUACGCUCUCUAUGCUCUUUGCACAAAAACCUGGUCAGGAAGUUGUGCAAAUUGUUCCACAAUGGGCAUUCGAGUACAAGAGGCUGCUGCUUGACUAUAACAGAGAAGUUCGUCGUGCUACUCACGAUACCAUGUCUAGCCUCGUCAAAACUGUCAAGAAGGGUCUUGCUCCGCAUCUUAAGGCUUUGAUGGGUCCUUGGUGGUUUUCUCAGUUUGACCCUGCUCUUGAGGUUGCACAGGCUGCUCGGCAUUCGUUUGAGGCUGCCUUCCCACAAUCAGAUAAAAGGUUGGAUGCUUUAAUGUUAUGUGUGAAGGAAACAUUUCUUCACUUGAACGAGAAUUUGAAGUUAACAACACAAGCAUUGUCUGACAAGGCUACACCAAUGGAUGAACUAGAAGAUAUGCACCAGAGGGUAAUAUCAUCAUCAUUGUUAGCAAUGGCAACUCUGAUUGACAUUUUGCUAGGUGUAAAAUUACAAAAUUGUGUCCGUGACAAUUCCAGUUCUGAAAAUACGAGUCUUUCAAAAGUUCUAUCUGGCACAUUGUCUUCUGCUGAAUCUGCAUUUUCUAUGAAUAAAUAUUUUCUUGAUUUCCUCAAGUCAAAAAGUGCGAUUAUACGGUCUGCCACAUACUCACUGCUUGCAAGUUAUAUCAAACAUGUUUCUCAUGUUUUCAAUGAAGAAGCCAUGAAGGUACUAUCUCCUGCUUUACUUGGUGCCUUCAAUGAAAAGGACCCAUCAUGUCACUCCUCUAUGUGGGAUGCAUUUCUUGCUUUCUCUAGAAGGUUUCCAGAGGCUUGGUCAUAUUGCAACAUUCACAAGGUUGUUUUCAGCCGGUUUUGGCACUUUCUACAAAAUGGAUGCUAUGGAUCCAAGCAAGCCUCAUACCCUCUCCUGGUUCAGUUUUUGGAGUCUAUACCAUCUAAAGCUGUAACUACAGAGCAAUUUGUUUUUGACUUCUUACAUAAUCUCUGGGCUGGAAGAAACCAGAGGCAAUUAUCAGCUGCUGACAGUUUGGCAUUCUUUACUACCUUUAAACAGAGUUUCUUGUGGCUUCUAAAAGUUCUACCGAGACAUUCUGGAGGAGGUUCUUCGGAUGAUAUUCCUAUCAAGCUCAUAACUUACUUUCUUGCAAAAGUUGUUUGGCAUGAUUACCUUCGAAUACCAUCUUCCAAAAACCAGGAUAUUAGUUUGAGUGGAUUGUCUGAUGAAGCAAUCAGUGGUGAUUGUCAGUUAUCUCAUAAGGAGUCACUGUUGGCAUCAAGCACACGCUACCCAACUUAUUAUCUUCAGGAUUUGGGGAAAUGCAUCAUUGAAAUAUUGGAUGAGAUUUCAGCUAUGGAAAAUCAUUUGUUAAAUAUUGCUUGUGAGACUCUAUUGAAGGACUGUUUGGAUAUAAUCCAUCAAAGGGAGAGUUUGCCAAAUUUUCAGUAUCAUGUGGAACAAGUUGUGUCCUUUUUUAUUUCGUUGGAUCAGCUCAUUGUACAGAAAGGUAAAACAUGGCCAUUGGAAAGCUUAGCAAGACCACUGAUUGAACAAUCUGUGCCAGCUAUCAAGUCUAUGGACACUCCAAUUGUUGUUAAACUUCUAUCAGUUUUGGUUGAAAUAUUCAGGCCUGUCCCUUUGUUCUUGAAGAAUUCACAGAAAGAGAGUGAGGAAUCUGUCCAAGGUUAUCUGGAUGUGUUCAAUGGUGACUUUGUCCCCUGGUGUUUGGAUAGGAAAUAUAGUACUUGUAGCUCAAAGAUCGAUCUGUUGCUCUCUUUAAUUAUAGAUGAGUGCUUCUUUGACCAGUGGUGUACGAUUAUUAAAUAUACUAGUGCUAAGCAAAAGCACCCUGUUGAUAAUAAGAACUCACACGUUGAUGACCAAUUUGAAUUGCUGACACUUAUACUUCAAAAGGUAAGAGAAAGAAUUGCUGGGGGCAAGUUGAGAAAUUUGCAGAAAAAUGGCUCUCUACCAGAACAUUGGCGGCAUGACCUAUUAGAUUCUGCUGCAGAAUCUGUCUUCUGUGAUUUGCCUGCUACAGAUUCCCAUGUCCAUUAUGUAUGUGCUGCACUUGGUGGCUCAGAUCAAGAUGACCAAAUUUGUUUUCUUUCUGCUGAUACUGUCCACAAAAUGCUCGGGUCCAUUUUGAAGUGUUUGACAUCAGUACUCAUGACAUCAACUUUUGAGUGGGCAAGGUUUGCAUAUGUGGUGUUAUUGCCUACUGAACCAAAGGACUCGAAGGUUAUAGGAGCACAAUCCUUUUCAUCAAACAUUAAGAUGGCUCAUUUUGCUUUCAAAGUUCUUGAGGGUAGCUUAUUUGCCCUGAGAAGACUAGAGGAAGAUUCUUUAUUUCCUUCUGUUCUGGCAGCUCUGUUUAUCAUUGAAUGGGAAUAUAGCAUGGCCUUAACACUCGAUGAAGAACAUGACUUGAAAGGUUAUAAAGAAGAUAUUGAUGUUGGGUCUUCUGCAUGCAACAGUUCAGAUGAUCAUUUGGAUGAGGGAAUACAUUUGAAAGCUAACCUUGCAGAGAGUAUACAUACCUUUUGCCAAAGCUUAAGUCCAUCCUUUUGGAGUGAUCUUCAUCCAUUCACCUUGAAUAAUUUGUUAAAUAUUUUAGCUCAAUCUGUCAGGUGUGCUUUAUUUCAGACACUAGAGUUGCCAACUGAGAGCACAUCAGUCUUAUGCUCAGAGUGGAUGGUGAACAUGUUGAAGCUCAUCUCUCUUGAUCACACAAAAUUGCAGAGUUUUUUUUAUCUUCUUUUAUCUGAGGGAGAAUAUUGGCCACUCUGGGUGAAACCAUCUUUACAAAAUGAGAAUGCACCAGUGAAGAUCAAAUUUGAGCCAGUUAUUACAAAUGAAACGGGACUGAAACACCAUCAAUUUGUUGCUUUUGUUGACAAGCUUGUUCUUAACCUUGGCUUUGGUGAAGUGAUCUUAGGUGUUCCAGGAAAUACAUGUUACAACACAUCACAAUCAAUUGAUACUACUUCAACUGUUCCUUCAUUGUCUAGAGCAUGGGUUGCUGCUGAGAUUCUUUGCACUUGGAAAUGGAAAGGGGGGAGUGUAUUCAGCACAUUCUUGCCUUCUAUGAUUCAGCACUUGAAAAUGGAAUCAUGUGCAGAGGUCAGCAUAUUGUCCAUAUUGCUUGACACAUUGUUGGAAGGAGCUUUUCAUGAGUGUAACCAGUGGGUACUGUUCAAUGCUUGGCACAUUUCUGACAAUGAGAUUGAGAAAAUUCAAGAUCAUUUUCUACGUGCUCUUGUGGCUUUGCUAUUUAGUAUCAAUAGCAUCAAUGAGUGUAUUUGGAGAGAAUCCGAGGCACUUGUAUUUUUUGAGAAACUACUGAGCAAUCUUUUUAUUGGUUCCACAGUAAAUAGAAAAUGUGUAAAGACUCUUCCCUUUGUCAUGAGUACAAUCAUCAAACCGUUGUCAGGCAAACUGAAAUUAAAUGAAGCUUCUUGUUACACUGAUUUGGUGGGGCAAAACAUACUGAGUUGGCUUGAUGUAGCCAUCUCUUGCCUAUCAUCCAGCCCGAGGGAAGUACUUCAACAAGACAUUGUUGAUUGGAUGCAAGUGGUGUUGUCUUGCUUCCCGUUGAAUAUAACAUGUGGAACCCAGAAACUAGAAGUUAAGAUUGAACGAGAGAUCAGUGAUACAGAAAGAUCAUUAUUGCUGACUCUUUUUCAGAAGUACAAGAUUUUCUGUGCCAUUGAAGCUCCGUCGCUGUCCACCAGUGGAACUACCCUGUCAACAAUGGUUGAACUAUUGGGGGUGAAACUGAUAGCAGUUAUGGUUGGCUAUUGCUGGACAGAACUUCAGGAAAAUGAUUUGCAUUUUGUGUUUCAUACAGUACAGAAGUGGAUUGAAUCAGCUGUUUUGCUUGUGGAAGAAAUGACAGAUGCCAUCAAUGAUGCUGUAAUAAACCAGAAAUCAAAUGAAGAUACUUUGGAGAAGCUUAAAUUAGUGGUUAGCUCUAUAGAUGAGUUAACUUUAAGCUUCGGUGAAUUCGCUUUGGUUACACUGUGUCACCUCAACCAUCUCGUGGAUAUCCAAGAAACGGAGAACUUCCAGAGUUUGCAAAUUAUUAAAUCAGGGGAUUUUGCUGAUAGAAAUAACAAUAUGAUGGAAAGUAUGCUUCGUUUGUUCUUGGCUUCUGGUGUUUCAGAGGCAAUUGCAAAGUCUUCUUGUGAAGAGGCUUCAUCCAUCAUAGCUUCCAGUCGCGUUGCUUAUAUGCAUUUCUGGGAACUUGUGGCAUCAUUUGUCAUUUAUGCUUCACCACAGACUAGAAGAUGUGCACUGGAGUCGAUGGAACUGUGGGGGCUCGCGAAGGGCUCAGUCAGUGGGCUAUAUUCAAUUUUGUUCUCUUCACAGCCAAUCUCUCAUCUGCAGUUUGCUGCUUAUUCUCUACUUCUUUCUGAACCCCUCUGUCAAUUUUCACUAAUAAAGGAGUGUUCUCUGGGAUCAAAUAGACCACUGACUCAGGAAUCUUGCAUGGGACAAAGUAUUGAGUUGAUGCCAGAUUCAGAGAAGACACUAGAUCUGAGAGAAGAACUCUCAUCGUUAAUUGAGAUGCCUACUUCUGAACUUCUCCAGACAGAUCUGUUAGCCCAUGAUAGGGUUGAUGCCUUCAUUGCCUGGUCAUUGUUGUUGUCCCACCUGCAAUUACUACCACCAGCUUCCAUUACUAGGGAAAGGGUACUUCAAUAUAUACAAGAUAAGAUUAGUCCAUGUAUAUUGGAUUGCAUUUUCCAGCAUAUUCCUUUAAGGACUGGUGCACCUUGUGGAAAGAAAAAAGAUGCUGAACUCAUGCCUGAAGCAGAAGUUGCUGCGCAAGCUUCUAAGAAUGCCAUAAUUACAUGUUCACUGCUCCCAUGCAUUGAAUCCCUUUGGCCAGUUGGGACAUGGCAAAUGGCCUCACUUGCAGGGGGACUGUAUGGGAUGAUGAUUAGGCUGUUGCCUUCCUAUGUGCGUACAUGGUUUACUAGUUUAAGAGAUCGUUCAUUGUCAUCCUCAAUCGAGUCCUUCACUAGAGCAUGGUGCAGUCCUCCUCUUCUACUUGAUGAAUUUUCUCAGGUCAAGGACUCUCUGUAUGCUGAUGAUAAUUUCUCAGUUAGUGUUAACCGCUCGGCGUACGAAAUUGUUGCUACAUACAAGAAGGAGGAGACAGGAAUUGAUCUUGUCAUACGCCUCCCGAGCUGUUACCCUCUGCGCCAUGUGGAUGUUGAAUGUACCAGAAGUUUGGGCAUCAGUGAAGUGAAGUGCAGAAAAUGGUUGCUUUCUCUCACGGCAUUCGUACGCAACCAGAACGGCGCAAUAGCAGAGGCGAUCCACACUUGGAAAAGCAAUUUUGACAAGGAGUUUGAGGGGGUGGAGGAAUGCCCAAUCUGUUACAGCAUUCUGCACACGAGCAACCACAGCCUUCCCCGGCUGGCUUGCAAGACGUGCAGGCAUAAGUUUCAUGGUGCUUGCCUCUACAAGUGGUUCUCAACAUCCAACAAAUCAACGUGUCCCUUGUGCCAAACUCCUUUCUAGUCCGGCUGUGCUGCGCUAUGCCUAUUUUUUUUUUGCACCGUAGAAAUUUAAAUUUAUACUCCGUAGUUAUUAUGUUUUGUCUUACAAAUUUAAUGAAGGUUAGAUAAAAAUAUGUAGUUCAUGUGUCUCCGUUGUCCCGUAAUUCAAAAUGCGAUAAUUAUCACCUGUAGCUUAGUAAUAAGUUGUCUAUCAAACUCCUGAAACACGUGUGCUGCUGAUAUGGUUUAGUAUGCCGUGCCUAUUGGGUAA